GAUAUGUGACACUGAUAUGGGACAUUAAUGCCAAAAGAACAUGCAAAACAGGCAAGCCUAUUGCUCUGCCCCACCUGCCCUGAAUGACAGGUCGCCAUUGGCAGUUGGCUAAGUGAAAGAGAAAGUCUGACAGACUCAAUUCUUGCUAUGCAAUCGGCUAAGUGGAAGGGAAAGUCUGACAGACUCACUUUUUGCUACGCGAGGCUACACUAUCAAAAUCAUGGGCAAACUGUCUGUCUUUUUGUUUGUUUUUUCAUUUUACACCAUUGUCAACGCAGGUUCAGGAUCACAUUCUCUGUGGGCACUUGCAACCUACAUCACCGGAGAGACGCCUUUCCCUGAGUUUACGGUUGUGUUAAUGUUGGAUGAUGUUCAAGUGGCUUACUAUGACUCCAAUGACAAACAGUCUGUCUACAGGGGACAACAUAUCACAGAGAAAAACAAGGACGAUGAAGCUCAGGAUGGAGCUUAUGUAUUUGGAGUAAUAUACCAGAGCAUGAAGGACAGAUCAGCUAAACUAAAGCACCACUUGAAUCUCACGGAAGGUGUUCAAGUUCAGCAAAAAAUAACUGGCUGUGAGAUGUUGGACAAUGGAGAACAAGCCUUGGUCAUGUUUAAGGAUGUGUUCAAUGCCAUUUAUACAGAUCGAACAUUAUAUUACAACAUGACACAUUUUACGUACGAUGCUGGGAAACUACUACUAGGAUGGGAUGGGAUGAGGCAAGCAUAUGAAAGAACACUUUAUGAGAAUGUUUACCUUCCUAUUUGUAUAAAAUCACUCAAAAAAAUCCUGAAGAGAGAGAAGAACGUUGUGAUGCGUAAAGUUCCUCCCAGACUCAGGUUGAUAAAGAAAGAGGUUUCUGGAGGGUUCCAGGUGAGCUGCCUGGCGUUUGGUUUCUACCCCCGCCACAUCAACAUGACCCUGCUGAGAGACGGCCAGCCAGUGGCAGAACAGGAGCUGACAGGAGGGGAGGUUCUGCCUAGUGGAGAUGGGACCUACCAGCUGAGGAAGAGUCUGGAGGUCAGUACUGAGGAGCUAAAGAAGAGACACAACUACACCUGUACUCCCUCUCACCUCAGUCUGGACAACAAGCUGGAUGUCAGUUGGGAGUCUGGGGCAGAGAGAGUUCACCUAUCCACCCUCUCAGUUCUACUGGUGAUGCUGCUGGUUGUUAUUCUAUUGGGCAUUUUCAUUUGUGUUAAAAGGAGGUGGAGUAACACUGCCUCACAGUCUAAACUGGUCAACGUUGGUGCAACAGUGUCAGAGGAAAUGAUCCUGUCUUCAGAUUCUGAGAUUUAAUAAAAUGUUGGGACAGAACUUUUCAGAACAAUUCAGCUAAAUUCACAAAAUAGGACUACCCACACUAUUAUCAUUUUUAUUAUUAUUGCAGUAUUACAGAUGUAGGAUCUUAAUUUGAGCCAGUAUGCGACAGCGGGAAAACAACACUGCAGGAACAGGAAAAAUCCUACAUGCUUUACAUUUCCUGCAACAGGGAAACAGGCACAAAAUGUGUGAAUGGUUCUGUUAUUGUCAGACAAUCUUCCCUUCCCCUCAACAAAGGACUGUAAAGGAUCAGUUUGGGGAGACUGUUGACAAUAACCAACAUCUGGGCGUUAGUCUAGAUCUGCAUUUAUAUAUUUUAUAGGCUGGUUUGGCAUCCUGAGCAUUAACAAUUGUAAUCUGGUAGUUAUUUCUGUUAUGUAAUCUGUCAUUUCUAAUCAUGACUAUUCAUUAAUUUCAGAAUGUACUCUAUAUCUGUGCUGUAUCAGCUGAUAUCCAGUAUCUUACCCAGAAGGAGAAUCAUGUGAUCAUGUGUAUGAGGUCUGUUUGUUAUUGGAAUGUCUUUACAGUGUCUCUGUGUUGUAUUGUAUGUAGUGUUUGUUACCCCCAGGCUGUACAGUGUCUCUGUGUUGUAUUGUAUGUAGUGUUUGUUAUUGGAAUGUCUUUACAGUGUCUCUGUGUUGUAUUGUAUGUAGUGUUUGUUACCCCCAGGCUGUACAGUAAUACCUUUAUUACAGACAAUAACAUGUAGCCAAAUGUAUUACUGCAUUGAUUCAUGUUAACUACAACAUUAAUGAAUGUAAUAAAGCAAUGUCAAGUACA